AUGGAAAAUUUUGUACCCAUAUUUUUCAGUGUCGAUCUUUUAGAUCAACACGCCAACAACACGGGCGCAUUUAACGCUCUUGUGAAUUCGUUUGACGAUUUAAAGAUUUUCAUUGAAAAUGACACAAGCUGCACGAUAUCCGAGUUGAAGCAACUGCUUCCCCAUAUUUCCGAAAAAUUUGGUUCCGUGUUUUCAUGCACCCUUCUUCUUGUAUGCAUUAGGUCCUUUUCAAAGGAAGAAUUCGAGUUAUAUUCGGACGGACUUGUACCCAGCGUUCUGUCCUUUUCGGAUGCAUCUUCUGAGCUGGGAAGCUCUAUUGAUCGGCUUUUACGCAAAUCCAUCCACCUGUAUUUGUCGAUACUGACCAGGCUUCACGAUGUCAAAAACACGUCCCAUAAACAAAAUCCCAUGCAUUGUGGCUUUGAUUUUUCAGAAUUCGAGCGUCUCUCGUUGAAAUGUUCCAAACCCCGCUGUGAAAAUGAACCCGCAAUCACGAUCGAUGAUAUGCUCGAGUAUUUCCCACUAGCUGAUUUGCUUGAUAUUCUUCUUCUUACUAGUCAAGAUAAUCACAAUAUCAUAUGUAGAAUAACGCAACUAAGGGGCACAAUAUUUCCGUCUAUCUUUGAGCUGGACGCUAUAGAGUUUACACGGUUACUGCAGUCAUUGCGUCAAAGUCUCCAGAGCCCGGGGUUUAAAACAUCGCAUGCGGAAAUUUUAAAGAUGGUGGCUGAUCUCAAAUCUCUAGGUUUGCUGGUGUCAGUGUUUCCUAAAUUAAUCUUAACUUCGAAAGCAAAUUUGGGCGUUCUUUUGCAAAUACUGGGAUUCUGCCUGUCGGAAGUGCCCACGUUGCCCUUUUUUAACGCUUUGUUUAGGUCUCAUAUUUAUGCGAUCCUGUUAAUCGUUUUUGUGUUUAUUUUUGAUGUUGCAGCCAAGAUUGACAUUUCGCAAGUGGGGUUCAAUUUGAAUACCGAAUUCUGUACCAAGCUAUCAAAGUCGCUAGGGCCUGUGGUAAUUCCAUUUCCGUCUUCUGUGCUUUUGCCUAAAAGUACCAAUGCGGUUGAAAUGGGAAGAGAGUUUUUAAAGAGUCAUAAGGAGUAUCUUUCUGCAUGGAUUUGUGAAAUAAAGAACACAAAUCUUGUUUCGAUACUAAAUGAUGAUACACUGAACGAGCUUGCUACGAACAUGGCCAUUGAUGAAAGUGAUGAUGAUCCCAAUAGGCAUACUCGCUUAAUCGAACAUUUAAAGGAAAUUUUUCCCAACAUUCCAGAGACGUCAAUUGAAAACAUUCUUGUCGAUUGUAACUGGGAUCCACAACAUGCAUUCGAAUCCUUGUCAAGGAUAAGCAAUCAAGAUGUGCCCAAUACGGAGUCUAUUUCUAAAGAAACGAUCUAUAUGAAAAAUAGCGAAGGUUCAGAACCCUAUCUAGGCUCGGAUCUCAAUGAGAUUUUAAAAACCAAGAUUCGGGUCAUAGUGGAAUCAAACACACAAUCUUCGCAAUACAAUGGCCUGGAAUUUGAGGAUUCUGAGCUCACCACACUUCCGAGAAUAUCAUCUGGAUUUGACGAUUCUGAAGACCAAAAUGAAGACAAAGAGGGCAAAGGUAGCGGGGCUGGUCUGGACGCAAUACUGCGGGGAGAAUAUUUAGAAAAUGCUAAAGCAUUUUUGAGGUCUGCCAGAAAUUCUCCUGAAAGGAGGCUUUUGAAAGCCAAGUGUAAAUUAAGCGACGAACAGAUAGAAGGCUGGGCAAGGAUCAAUUUAACAGCAUCCUCAGAUAAAAAAACCACAAUCUCGACAACUGAUUAUCUUGAUCCCAAUGCUGCAGUUAUGUGGACAGGGCAACAGGCGUCAAUUGCCGACAAAAAGGAGCCCCAAGCUUCGAAUUCUUCAAAACAUAAGGGCCAAUCAAAAGAGAAGGCCCCGCACUUGAGAAAAUCGCAUUUUCGUAAGGAUAGAGCCAUGGGCAAGCUAGCAAAAUCAACUGGGCCCAUAAAUUAA